AUGGCUUUCUUAAUUGAUUACCGGGACAAUAAAAUCACCAAUAACUUACCAAAGCCACACUUUCUUCUCUCCAAGGCCUCCCCACUCACCGCCGCGGAAACCGCCACCUUUGCCAAACUUGCCUUCAACAACACCCUCUCCGCACACCUUCGGCGCUUGUGGUCCGCCGCACGCUUACUCUGA